AUGUGAGUAGGAAUGGCCUCCAAGGAAAUUCAAACACUUCCGAAGCCGAGUGUGUCCCUCACUAAAACUCAUGUUGAAAGACCGAGAAGGAUUUGCUCAAAAAGAUCGUAUUGCGAAGUUGAACCAGACGAUGAUGAAUUUUCUGCAGAAGACGUAAAACAAUAUAGACCCAAAGGUAAGUAAGUUAGUAAGAACAUUUUUAAUCACUGUGCCUUGAUCGCUGGUUUAGGAUGUGGUAAUUAGUGCCCUAGCUGGUAAAAUGAGUUUCUCGGAAAUAUAUAAAUAUUAUGUCAUGUUAACAAUUUAUAAAGUUUUGGAUGUCGAAGUCGAAUGAAGCAAUUUUAAGUAAAAAACAACGUCGUAUUUUUGCCGCAUGCUGGGAGAUGAUUCUAAGAAAGGACUAUAUUUUAUCACCAAUUUAAAAAAUGGUGCAAUUUAAUCAAAAAUAAUAGUCGCGAUGAAAGUGGCAGAGUCGUCGGAACAGUUAUAUUCGUUAGAACUAAAAACGUGGUGAAGCGCAAUAACCAAGCUUUUUGCUCGUUGUUUAACACAAUGAACAGAACGGGAAAAAAGACAUCGAUAUUACAAUAAUCCUAAGUCUUAAAAAAACAAUUGAAUAAGAGCUUAACAUUGUCCUGUAGCAAGGCAAGGUUAUAAUUUUUCCUUUGUUUAAAUAAGUGUGUUUUGCCAUGUGAGCAUUUUCAUUUCGCAAGGGGCCCAAGUUUGUCGUAUCAAAUUUAUAGCUUUCAGUGAGAACUCCGCUUUGAGAAAGAAUUGAUCUUAUUCCGCGACAAAUUGUCGGAGUGUUUUAAAUACUGCCAAUAAUAGCAUAUUACUACGGCAGGACUUGUUAUUAAUUACGAAUAAAUUGCUGAUUGAAAUAACGAAUACAGCCUUUUAAUAUUUCAAAUCCCUGAUCACUAAUUUUAUAAAUCAGGUUGUGUUUGAAGAAAGAAAACGAGAAGCGGUACAUUUUCUCAUCUAGAUGCAACGUCAAGAAAAUUGCCUCGUUUUGUUCCUAAAUUUAAGUUAAAGUACGCACUUAUUGCCGAAAAUGUCGUCGGGCUUUUAAAUGCUAAUUUAAAAGUGUUUUAACCUUAUUGUUCGACAUGAGUGAUAAAACAAGAGAGAAAAAAGAAUUGAUUCAAAUACAUUUGUUCCUUUCGACAUUGGCAAGCAGAUAUUUCGUACUUAAAUUUGUCUGUUUUGUCAUUUUGAAGUUCGUCAGCGCAUAAUCUGUCGUUUACGACUUCCAAAGUCGAACGGAAAUGGUAGAAACUUGCCUUAUCAACAUUUAGAUCUUUUUCGGUGUCGACAACUAACAAUGUGAGGCCCGGCUACAUGUUUUAAAAUGAGUCAUAUCUGAUAUGUGCAGCUGCCUUCGGGCCGAUGAUGAAAGCUCGUUUUAAAACCUCUUCUUCGUCAUCUAUUUUCCCCAUUUUUAAAUUCAUCAUUUGUAAUAAGUCGAUGGAAAAAAAAACAAAACAAAAAAAAAUUUUUUGAACGCAAUAGAGGGAGACCUGUCGAUUUAGAUAUUUUGCUGCUUGCCAUUGAAAGAGUACCAGAGCGUUUUUCGUUUAGGAAUGGACUGUUAUCUGGCCAAUACAUAAGUCACUCUGGCCUAUCAAGUUUUAAGUUAAAAAAAUUCUCGUGCCGCUUUUUUUCUUUUUUUUUCUUUUCCUUCCAAGCGGGGACAACAUGAUAAUGUUAGGCCAUUUACACUCUUUCGGAAACUCCGGAAGAAAUGAGUGAUAUAAAUCUUUGAUUUCUCGAAUGAAAGUCAUUUUCUACCGAAUCAGUGAAUCAUAAGUAGGUUCUUCGGCUAUUUUGAUUUCCGCUUUUCGUUGGCUUCUUCCGGGUGUGAGCCUAGAAAUUAGUGCUCUUGCGUUUGUGACAUUUAUUGUGAAUGAAUAGAAUAGAGAAUAAUUUUUUUUUUCACAACUAUCCUCUUAGCGGCGAUAUCAAGGCUUAAUUGGUAAAAAAAGAAAAAAAACCCUUUGCUAAGAGAAGAAAGUAAUUCGUCCUACACGCAUACGUUUAAAACCUAAAAUACCUCAGCCGUCUAAUGUAUUUGUUAUCCAUAUCUUACAGAAUAUUUGGUGUUUAUCUAUGUCCCAAUACCCUCCCUACGGCUUACACUUUCACUCUGGCCACAACUUAUGGAAUUACGACGGUUUUAAGUGCAUUUUCAGUAAACAAGCCGUCGUUGUUUUUCAAAUUUUCUAGUGAGGCAUAUUUUUUGUAAUUUUUCUGCUCUCGUAUUGCAUUUUUAUGGACACCUCAUAAACUAACUGUACACAUAUAUAAUUUAGGUGAAGACCAUUCACACCUCGAGCGCUGUGGCUCAUGAAUAUAUCAGUUUUUUGCCAUGUUCGAUAGCAGCUCUACACCCGCGAAAGUUUUGCCGUAAGCUGACAAAUUUUCAUUCCUCUGAGAGCCUUUUUUUAAAUUUCACAUGAAGUUUAUCCUUUGACAUACACAAUUUUUUAGAGUCAUGAUUCCGAAUACUUGUCGGCAGGGAUUUGCACCUACUUAUCACACUGCAGAUUAUUCUGUCCACCACUUUUUGUUUUCUUCACUUUCAAACACAAGAUGCUCAAAUUGCCCGAGUCUUGCAGGUUUUCUUAGCCCUUAUCUUCCUAUCAUCCGAAAAUAUCAUUCAUAUCGCUGUUUUGUCCGACUUUGUUUCACAAACUCCUCCUACAACACGUCUUAAUUAAAUUCCUGUUAUGAAGUGAGCUUUAAAAUUUUUCCAUGUCACCUGAACUCCGCAAGAAGUUUAGUGCUGGUUAUGCCAAGGAAAAUAAUACUCGAACCUUUAUCUCAGGCUCACAGAAGUACGGUUUCAAACAGAGAUCACGAAUUCUCUGCUGCCAAAAUCUCACUAGCAUCUCGAAGAUAAGGACUUUGGAUUCUAGGCUCAGGAGAUUUGAUUUUGCGAAGAUGAUUGUAAAUGACGGACACAGAAGAGAAAAUGAAUUGAUGUGACUGAAAGUACUGGGUUGAAAAAUAUUUUAUCAGUUUCUAGUCCAGCAAUACACAACCGUAGUAAUAUCAGUCAAAACCAAACGAGUUAAGAAAUUAUGUAAAAUAUUUUCUUCAUAGAAUCAAGCUCUUAGAAUGUGGUUGAUUAAUCUAGUAAAAAUUUCCACUUUUUUUAGGCCAUUCGACCUCCUGAAAAUUUACAAUAACCAUAACCAAGAAAAACUAUUUAUCUCAACUUUUCUAAUAUCUGAGAGGAAUCUAAGCCGAACUUCAAAAUACCCUGAAGAACAAGAGAACUUCACAAUGUAACAUUAGCAAUUUUUUCCUAUCUAAUUAGACAAGAGUGCCAAUAUUUAAAUGAAAGAAUUUCAAAUUUCACUUUUUUGGUGAUCUUUGACAAAGGUUUUUUAAUAUACCUCCUCUCAUAACAGAUACCACAUCAAAUCAAAAUAUGUUUUAUAGUUUGGCAUAUUGUCUUUGCCUCAGUCGAAUAAUUUUGCUUUUGAAUUUUGGUGUAUUAGCGAGAACUCCUUAAAAAGGCAUUACCUUUUGAAACUUGUUUUGAAAAAGUAUGCUCAACAUAAUGAUUGAAUUUUCUGAGAGAGUGAAAAAGCAAACAGUGCUCCUGCUUUAGAGCGAGAGAUGGAAAGACUCAGUGAAGAAAAAUACAGAAGACAAAACAUGUUUUAUAGCAAAGUUAACAAUGAAGGGCAAAGAUAAUUGAAAAAAAUAUAUAGGAUAAAAUUAUCAAUCUUAUGAGAGAGAAGGAAGGGGACUCUAAGAUUUAUCGAUUAAUGUUGCCUUGUUAUUUUCUCCCAAAGAUUGUGAUUGGUGAAAAUAAUUUUAUCUCACUUGCUAAUCAAAACGCCCAAAGAGCAACUGAUGAUAGAAAUAUAUAACCAUCAGUGCAGAGCGGGAAAAUGAUAGCCAUACAUAUUUGAUAGACCCUAUUUAAGAAUGUGAAAGCUCCAUAGAAAAUAGUCUCUUCCUAUUUUUUAAUUAUUUUUUUUUUUUACGGUCGUCGCAACGGUCCUCAAAAACAGCGGAAAGGUCACAAUUUUGAAAACUAUUCAAACGCUUACACCUGUCAAAAUCUAAUCACCCGCAGGCAGGCACUUCUCGUACCAUGUGUGUUCCCACAUCAUUUUACACCAUGGUACUCUGCUAUUGUCAGUUCUUAACUCCGGUCUAGAAAACAUAAUAACACUUGUCCCGUGUGCAGAUCCUCUCCUCCUUCGAAUUAAAACACGCAAAUCGCGACAGUAUCUUGGGUCCUAAGUUUAGAAGCGAGAUUUAUAUUUGUCUAUUUCUGUGUUGUUGUUUCCUCGAAUACGAAGGGGUUUUUAAGUUCUAGAUUGGAAAAAAAAAGUGGGAUUUCGAGAUAUUUUUUUUUACUUUUUACUCUUGGUAUUUUUUCGUAUGCUCUCUUUCAAAUAUGACUUUCAAGUGUUCCCACGUGUUGGGUGAGAAAAGCGAAUAUAAGAUGAAAUCUCAAUUCUUAGCAUUCGGAAAAUAAAUUACAUUUCGGCUAAAGCCUAAAAAAAACCAAGGUGUGUAAACUUCAUCAUAACGAACACGAAUAUUUACCGUCAGGAUCAUAAUCUUUUUAAUUAUUCUGUGUCUUUCCUGUGUGAGUUAGCAAAUAUUUAACCAGCCUUAGACAUAACACAAUAACUUGGCCGAGACAACUUAACUGCUCUUUUUAAAAUAAACCGCUCUUUUCAGCCGAGAACCAAAUUAAGAACCCUUUAGUGAUGUUUUCAACAUUUAUCUCCAACAUCUAAUAUAUCAUGUUUUCUAACUUUCCACAUUUUGCUCUUUGUUUAUGUUUGAUGCGAAAUAGAGUUUUUCCUUUCAUUCACAAAAUAUAACAAGGUUUCUGGGCAUAAAUUAUUCAUGACAGGUGCGUCUUAAAUCCUUUUGUUUCAUUCCGCUACCUGUUUUUGAGCAAAGAAUAAAUUCUAUUUGCGCCUGACAAAGGAUUGUUUGCCAGUGGUUGUUUCUCUAUUCUGAGCUCAGGCGUUAAAAUGUUCAAGUUUUAUUUAGUGGCAGAUGCAAAAAAUCCUAACAGCACUGAUAAGGAAAGUAGGUUUAACAAUCGAAAAAAAAAUGAUAGCCGCAACAGCUUCUUGCCCCAUGACCAGGAAUACAAUGAAAUCUUGAAAAACCAUUUUGAAAAUCCGAAAGUAAUGAGACUCAUUGGAAAACUUACAUUUACAGAUGAAGACUAACUGAAUUAAUUUAAAACAACUUUUUGAGGUUUCAGCGCACAAUUGCAGCCCCGAUUCCAACCUCAAAUAAAAAGGCGUUUGUCGAACGCUACAAAAGAGAAAAAUUAUACAUUAAUCGUUUCAACUAGCUAAACAAACAUCUGUUACUUUUUCAUUUAGGGGGACUUUUUCUAGCGUAAUUAUUUCUGAUAAUUACUUCGUUCCUUUAACUAAACAGAACGGUGACCUAACAUAUUUUAAAUCUUAUUAUACAAAAAGGCAAUCAAAAUUAACUGUUUAACUUAGGAGAAUGAUUUUUAAAUCGCCAGUACUGAUUUUAGGUUUUAAACUAAGAAGUACAAUUCCCCCAACGUGACAAAAAGGGCGCUUUCUUCAGGCUCAAGAGCAGCUAAGAGCAGAUGGGAAAACAUUAGCACCUUUAUCUUAAUUGAAUACGGAACCGGGUAUCAUUUGGAACAAAGGUCACCACACAUUCGCAUGAGGAUUAACUUUGGAGUUUUUCCUUUUGUCCUCUUUAGGAAGAAUCGUCCGACCUAACGGAAUGAGAAAAUGUUGUUUUCUUGUUGUUCGUUUUGCGCGAAUUAAUCACUGAAAGGAUUGAAAUGCAAGUUGAUGUAAACGUACCGGCGCACGAAGUAGCCUUGAUUUCACCUCAAUACAACGUUCCCAAAUGCAAAAGUAAACUUUUGAAUAUGGCAAAUAGAGAUGUUUUGAUCAUGCACGUACCACUUCAUACUCCCCCUGUUUUGGGCAGAGACCUGUUAUUAUCAAACGCAACAUCUUUCGAAGACAAGUUUUCUCAAUACAGUUAAUGGUAAACCAGUUUUAACUGAACGUUCGACCGCUAUGUUAAGGGAGAAACGUAAUGUAAAUAAGAGAGAAAUUUUUAAAAGUGAACUGACUCAUUCAUAACUUAAAUAUGUUUACAACAACGCGUGCCUUACAUUGCUGUACAUCCAUCCUAACUGGAGGCGUUUUGGGUAAAAAUUAAAAAAAAUCAGUGGUGAAAAAUAUAUUUUAUCACGUGUAUUCUUAGGUGCCUUGUUCAGACGCCUUAUGGUUCACUUGUAUAGUUGCAAUGAACCAUUUAAUUUCCUUUUAUUUUAAUUCACCUAAACGUCGAACUUAAAACGGUUCAGCGGGGCAAAAUUCUACUAAGGCUAAACGCUUGAAAAAAGCUGCAGGAAUUAAUUAAGACUAGAGGCUGAAGACUUAAAACAUUCCCCUUUUUUGAGGGGGAAAAUUGCCUUAUCAGGACCUGUUCUUUGUGAGGCGGCAACAGAAUUUUAAAGGGUGAAGUGCCGAAGAUAUUAGUGUCACGAAUCACUUUAGAUACGCGGGUACCAUGAUAUUGCAUUUCAAGUAGACAUGUAUUCUCAACUUUUUCGGCAUAAAAAGAGUUCCAAAAAAACAAUAGGAUACCGGGCACACACUUAAACCCACGCUGUUGCAUUUCAUUCAAACGGCUUUGUCAUUCAGGGCCCUUUAGCGUUCGAUGCCAACAGAUGUUUGUUAGUAAAGUGAGUACGCACUUAGAGCUUGGCAUACAUCGAUAGCGUGCGAGUUCGAUCAAGAGCAGUCAGGAGAGACCAGGGGAAAGUUGAAAGCUGAGUUGUCACAGAGAAAGGAAAGCUUGCUGUUAGCUCAUCUGUAACGGACUAACAAGAGGUAUUUCAAAGACAGUUAUUUCCUCCACUUUUUAUUUUCAGCUACGGUAUCAGCAAUUUUCAAGAAUUCUAUUUAACGGUGUCGCUAAGGUCGAGGAAAAGUAGUCUUAGACAGCUCAUGACAAUAAAUGAGCCAGUUUCCGAAUUUUCCUGUGAAGUUUUUCGUCAGGAUAUUGACUUUUCUGGUUUUUUUUUCUAUUCUGAAGGAAUACUAUUAGAUUCCAGAUUGUUCAACUUUCUCAGUUCAAUACCACAUCAAGUUAUCUUUCAUUUCGAAAAAGAAAAAGUUGUGCGGCUAAUAUUAUCCAUUCAUCGUUAUGAAAGGGUGGAUAUGGAAAAUAAUUUUUUAAUUAGAAUACAUAAUGUAAAAAUAGUGAGAGGUAGAGAUUAUUUUCUUAAAAGCUGCUAAAAUUUGCGAAUAAAUUCUAAUAUUACUACGUUUUCGUUUUGUGUAAAAAGCCAAACUAGAUAACCGAUGAAAAAAUUUACCAAUCUUCAAUUGUGCAUCUGUCUCCAAGACUUUUCAUCCUCGGAAGAAUUGACGAGCCCUGCCGUUUAUUUGUGUCUAGAAUAAUUGAUGGGAAAGGCUUUAAUCAUGAUUUUUAAUUUAACUCGUAAUUAAUUUAUGAGCAGCACGAGUGAGGGUGUCGUGUUUUAAAUAUCUUUUCCUGUUUUUCGGAAUAUGUGAUAAAAUUUCACAGUAAGAAAAAUGGAGCUGUUGAAGAGUUUGAUCUCUUAGCCUACUCAAAUGUGUAUUUUUCUUUAAAUUUAAAAGGCAAGAAACCACCAAAAAUCGGUUCACACUUUGAAACUUAAAACGAAAGCUACUAAUUAUUUGCGUAAAGCGAUUACAGAUGGAGCCUUGAAUUUUGUUCAAAUAGCUUCUGCUGCAAAAGGAAUAAGAAAAAAGACAAAUAAGCCCGUUAAAUGAAAAAAGAAAGAAUAUUUUCCUCUUUUCAACUCAAGUUACUUUUCGAAGAAGUUUUGAUAACUACAUGUGUCAUCCCUUUUUUGGAUAGAAACACAGGUUUGUUAAUAGAAAUUACCACUGGUUAGGCUAAGGUAUAUUUAGUAAGCACCAACUAGUCGAACUAAGUUUAUGCGUUUCGAGAGCUUUCGCCGGAAAGAUAUCAGCGUUGAAGCUUAGUAGAUACUUUGAAGCUCACAACGAAAGCCACUGCCCUUUUCUGACUAUCAAGAAAAUUCCGAAUACUUCAAUCUUAAAAUGAUAAGUGAUGUUGCUCUUCUAAUCAGCAGUUCUUACAUAUAAAACUAAGUUUUGGCGAGUUUAAAGAAGCAUUCCUGCAUCUAAAUAUAGUUCAUUUGGCUAUUUUGGAUUAUUUACACCAUAAUUGCGAAAUUUCUAUCUGUGGUGUUAGAGGGUAAUCCUCUUAACAGGGGAUUCGUUAGGGAAAUAUAUCUCUUGACAUGGGACAAGAGUCAAAGAAGUUAAGAGCUUUCCUUCCAACAAAAGACGUCUAAGUUUCACUUUUCUUGUGAGGUAGAGAAUUCGUGAAUUUUCCCGUCUAGCUGUAGGAGGAAAACACUACUGCGUUACAAUCCGCAAUUCCUUAGUCGCAAGGCACUAUCAUCAUACUCCAAGGGCAGAUCAAGUGGAAAAGAAAUGACUAAUAUUAGUAUACGCUAACGUUUGAUUUGGCGGUCAAGAAAUAUUUUACUGAUUACAAUAUUAUUAUUUUAGGGUUUCCAUAUUACGCUAACAGUUACAUGACCAGUUGGCUAGCCUUUCGACGCCCUAAACGAAUCGCUUCAAGAAUUGUUUCUCUUGCUUUGUUUGGAGUUUAUGUUUUUAGUUACAUUUUAAUGAAGGACUUGGUCGCGUGCAAGCACGUAAAAACAACAAGCUAUUUUAAGUCAUUCUGUGUUGGAGCAACAUCAAGGGCACCCGCUAGACACGGUUUGACGUCAAACGAACACAGUUCGAAGUGUAUAUUUGGUGCAUUAAUACAGUAGUCGAUUUUACAGGAAAUUGGUUUUAAAAAGGGUGGCCACUAAUCAAGAGACUCGUAAGUCAUGAAAAACAUUUGCUUGCCCUUUGGACUGCCUUUUCACCAUUAUUCGCCAAAAAAUAUUUCUGUUGUUGUUAUUCUGGUUGUUGUUUUCAGUCAUCUCAAAUUUGUUGUUCAUAAAUAGCAUAAGAGCAUGAGAAACUAGACUUUGUGAGGGAUUGGAUGCUGUAUAGUGACGAGAUGACCCGUUGAAGACGACACUGCCAUAAUUUCUUCCCAUAUUCAAUGUCAGCAAUAUCAAAUUUGGGUUACCCACGACCUAACAACACCCUUCCGCAGUUUUAAUGUGCCAGAUCUUCCUUAAAGCAUUGGAUAGUUAAGGUAUUCUUAGCUCUUUUGAAACGAGAAUGACUUUCAGACGGUGGUAAACAAAGUUUGUCUGAGCAGCAAAUCACUUUGGAAUCCCCUCUCACCAGGAUUUGGUACACAUGAAACUAAUGGCCCGAUGUUUUACGCCGUGUGAAUUCUAAUCUAACUUUCAAAAACACUACAUACCUUCUGUUCCUCUGUGGUAUCUAGCGAGAUUUAUUCUUUUCUAUCAGGAUUUUAACCUCUUCCUAGAAAUUCUUGCAAAUAGAGAAAAAUUUUUUUAAUUCAAAGAUCACCUCUCCCUCACAUCAGAUGAGUGACCUCCCCACUGAACACGCCCUUAACGCAACUGAAACUUCUAGAUCUUCAAAUGAACCCAAAGAGUUAGACGGUGAGCCACUAUUACCCGCUGACAGCGAAUGACUCGGCAUUUAUUUUUGAGCAUAUCAAGAAGGAAAUAACUAUAUUAUAUUUAAGCUAGGGAAACUUUUAACACUUAUCAUACAUACUGAUAAUAAAAGAUCACGAAAUCGUCAAUUUAUUCGUCUUUAAACUUGCUGUAAGUUUGGCAAUUUCGAGAAAUGAGGUUGUUAAACUACAACAAGACAAAACGAUUACGAAUACAAAAUUCACAGUUAAUUUUUCUUCAAAAUUUUUCUUUCAGUUCGAAGUUUCGUUCUACACUUGAUUAAAUAUUUCCCCGCAUGUGGAUAAGAGAGUAGGCGUAGGAUGUGCGCAUUAGCUCUCGUGUCUUUGUUUACACAGGUUUUGUCGUAACUACAUGUGUAUUUCUUCCCUACGUCGCUAUUGUUUGGUGUUUGAUAUUCGUACUCCAUUUGAGCAGAUUUAUCGAUGACACUGUUAUCAGAUAACAUCUACCGAUGACAUGUGAGCCAAAGGACAGGUUUCGCACCUGUCCUGACCUUUCGUCACAGUAAAUUCGUUUAUUUGUUUCAAUUUUUGUGUUUAUUUCCAAAAAUGUGCUCGCGCAUGAGCAACGCUAAAGGCUUUUAUCAUGCAAGAGCCGUGCACUAUCCAGUAUUUGGCAAUUAUAAUGAAUCUAGUAUUCAAGAAGGACUUUCAUUAAAUUUCAGCGUGGCCAACAUCUGCGAAAGGCGAAGGCAAAUGCUAACGCUUACAAAGGAAAAAGAAUAAUAUUCUUUUACUAUCAAGAUGUCAACCUCUAACCUUGAAGGGGAAUGCUAUACACAAAUAUUAUGACCUAACAUAUGUCUAAAUGAGAAAUGCGAUCACUCGAAACACGCAAAAUCUUCAUGGCUGUGGACUGCGCCCAAAUAAAAAUUAGGAUUGUAUUGCUGCCGCAGUAAAUAUCUCCUUUGAAAUUAUGUGAAUGAAAUGAAUUUACCAUACGCAACGAACAGAAAGCAUGAUAUUUUUUCACAUACAGGGAAACAAACUUUUUGUUUUUCUAGUUAAUCGGUAUUGGAUUCGUGUCAAACAUCUUUUACAUUUGUAAGUUAAAACACUCGAGUUUUAACGUAAUUGCGGUCUGUAUUUAUAGCAACUCUUCAAAUUGGCGUGGCAUUAGUGUGACUUUCAUCCAUUUAUCGAAUUAAAAAGGACAGUUACACAUAGGUCAACUGCAAAACUGACAAACGCUGUCUACAAAGCGGGAUUUGCAAGAGUUAGGUAAAUACAGAGCAUGCUUUCACGCAUUGAUGUUUGAAUUAAUAUUCUGCAGUAAUGUAUGAUCGUGGCGAGCCAAGCCGUGCCCUUAAACUGUAUCGUGGGAAUUUGCUCGUUGUUGUGAAAGUUCCUCGUUGUUGUAAAAGCUGUUUAGAUACACAGAAUGUCCUUUCUGAGCAAAUUUUAUUUUUAUGGUACAGUACAGACUAAAGUUAAACCCAAAGAUGGAAAACUAACCAGCUAAACUAGAAAUGAACAGUUUAUUUGAAUGUAAAUCGUGGUGAGGACGGUUAUCUUAACAUUGUGUAAAAGAAUAUCAUUUUGUCGUGGACUUUAACCACAACGUUUUCAAUUCUUUUUAUUAUAACAUUUCUACAAUGUUCUCUGAAAAAACCUUAUUCAGGCUGCAGUGAUUACAUUAGGAGCAGAGCCACCGUUGUGAAACAAAGAGAGGAAGGUCAUGUGUUUUAGAGAAAGAUAAAUUUCUGCAAGAUAAUAUUUCUAAAGGCAGAAAUAAUUUUAAUCUAAUCUGAUGAGUUUUUUUGGUCGUGAUUUAAAAUUGUUAGAGAGAAUUUGUUUAAAACCGUUUUGGUUGGUCGUCAUAGAUCUCUUUACUCCCGUAUCGAUCUUACACUUUUCAUUCGGCAACGUAAUAUUACUUUUAAAAUUUAUUGAAAAUUUUUCAAAUAGAAAUAUAUAAGAUGAUUUAAAUCACAAAUUACAACGGCUACACAAAAGAUAAAGAAAAAAUCACAAUUAAAAAAAAGAGCAAAAGAACCGUAAAUGCAAGACCUAAAAACGAAAUGAUAGCAAACUACACAUUAUAGUAAAAGUAAGUCAAACUCGCCCGUUGUUUUGGCUGAAUCUCCACACACACACAGAUCUACGGGCCUCAUUUUCCGUCAUUUAAAUUGAGUAGAGACAUGUACAUUUCGUAUUGCCAAUCUUGUUUUCAAUUUGCGACUUCGGUUCGGCAAUAACUUAUGGUUUUGAAGGCCAAAUCUUCAUCACAAAAGAAGGAACUUCGGGUCGAAGUUAUUAUUGCUUCUUUUUCCCUGGUGCGAAAACUAUAUCUUUCAUUGUUUAUUUCGAAGGAUGAUCUGAGCUAGUGGGACUAUGUGCAUGUAUUUGAUUUGCAAAGAUCAGAAAAUUCUACAAAGAGGAAAGUUGUAACACCGACUAAAAUAAUUAACUAAUUGAAUGCACUCUUCUUCUUCAAUUGCUUUUCGUUAUAACGGUAUGGAAUCUUUUAGCCUUUCCUACAAGUUCUUCAGUUUAUGUCUUGAUUGCUAUUAUCAAUUUUGAUGCGAAAAAUCUUUCUUUAAUUUUUUUUUUGUGACGAAUGGUACUUUUAAAGAGAUUGAAAGUUCAUAUUCUCUUGUUCUUUCUCAACGAAACUUUUUCAUAAUGGUCAAUUGAAAUCCUAUUCAUCAGCGAGAAAUAUUUGCAGCAGGUGAAAAUAAAAAAAGAAACAGAAGAAAGUUCUUUCGCUACAUGAUUUAACUGCCAAAAUUCUUUUUGGGUAUUUCACAAUCAUACUAGAUUUAGCAUUUUGUCUAAAUCCUUCGAGAUUUCCGUUCUAUCUUUGAUUUGCACCAGAAUGAGAACAUUUCUGGAAUAUUCCUUAGAAAACGAAAAACGGACAAAAUUCUUUACGCUGAAACCGUACAUUGGGCAGAAUAUAAGAUCAUCGACUUUGUCUUGUAAUAUUCGAAUAAAGAUCAUUGGGAAAAGAAUUUAAAAUGAUAGGGAUUUGACUAAUCAAAAAUAAAUUAUUGCGCAAUUUUGUGACAAAACACGGGCAGAUGUCUGGUGAGCAGGAUAGGCAUCGAUACAGUGGAUUUUGUUCGUCCACUAGGCAACGUUGCAUCUAUAGUUAGUUCUAUUGAGAUUCUCUUCACAUCUUCUAGAAGAACAUUGGGAGUAAAUUUUUUUAACACCUUCGAUGUUUAGAACUUUCUUUACACACACGUGCUGCAGAAGUCAACAAAAGCUAAAGGUUGCGUAUGAAAACAUUGUCUUGUUUCCAUUGUUGUAUCUUAUUACUACUUAAAAGGGCACGCUCCUUGAAUUGAACGUUCUGAUUGCCCAUUGUGUUAAGACUAUUUUAAGAGGAAAGGCCAAAUAGAACAAAGAAACAUUAUACACAAGCAUUCUAAAAUGCUUAUGAACUCGGCCUAAAAAUUUUAGUGCUAAAAACAAACGCAAACACUGAUAGACAAGUCUUCACAAAAAGUAAGAUUUCUUUGCGGUAAAGGUAAACUUAAUCUUUGAUCAAAUAUUACAAGUUUCCUUCUGUAGUUGUUUUGAGUAAUAUUUGUAAUACUUAGUACUUCAAAAUUUCGAGAAAGCUAAAUUUUUUCAUCUAAAUGCUGUCGUUUCAGGAAGCAGAAGAAAAGAGUCGUAUUCUUUCAUUAUGCUGGAGAAGAAACAAAGGCAGAUUGCUCAAACUUUAAAAUGGUAAGUUAAAAUUUCGUUAAACAGAGGAAUAAGUACAUGUUACACGACAUAUUUAAGUCAUGGGUAUUAGCUGCGAAACGUGAAAGCAUUAAAAUGCUGACGGAGAAACCCAACAAAGAGGAUACAUUAAAAACGGUGGAAACCAGGUAAAGUGUUUGAGACUCUUUUCAGGGAAUGGGUCAAAAAAAAUUUUUACGCAAUCAACCUCUAGUUCUUUAAAUAACGGUUCGAAAGACAUAAGCUACCGCUAUACUGAAAUGAAAGGAAAUGUUCUAGGUAUAAUAGAUGAUAUUAAAGAGUAAUUGGAAAUUGUUAUUUGAAGCGCGAUGCAUGAUAACAUUGGCCUGAUAUGUUUGAAAUUAAUGAUGCGAAGGAAAAAGGGUAAAAAGAUGAAACGCCUGUGCUUUCCCUUUCUCAAACCAUCCGAGUUAUGAUAAAAAUUGUGAACAUUUUGCAUAGCGGAGUAAGAAUAUGAAUGAAAAGCUCAAACCAUAUAAAUUGAAAUGACCAUAGGUACCACAAUGAGAAAAUAAUGGGAAAACUAAUUAAAUGAAUAAUCUCUCGUUCGUUCGCUGAAGUUGAUUGGGGUAUCCAUCGUGUGUAAACGAUUAUCUCUUGAUUAGGUCAGAAGUAAUAUAAAUUAAAGUUUUAGCAAAUAUAACGAUCUUAAAGACAUCUCUAGAUGCCUGUUCUUGUCUUUUUAUGAAGCUUUGCCGUCUACUUAUACACCACGCUAUAAAGUUGUCUCUAUAAAAUUACAAUAGGGAAAAGCAGACUUUGCCCUUUUGAGGAUCUGUUUAUCUAUAAAUAUGCACAACAUCUAAUUAUAAAAAAGCACAGAAUAUACUAAUCAAGCUGUGUGACUUUCUGGGGUAUUUUGUUGUUGUGGUUCUAAAUAUGCUCAAAUUCAUUAAUAACUUGGCCAAUGUAGACAAAGAACAGCCCUGCGUAGAGUUGACUUACAAUUUCUGAAUAGCUUUUGUGCCUUGAUAUCUUGAGUCGAAAAAUAACUAAUAAGGGUAAUGAGAAUCAGUCUAGACGCACUCAUAAAAUUCCCAUCUAUGAUGACAGGAGGGUCUGAAGCGUUCGCUCGUUAAUGCUUGUGGUUUAUUGAAGCCUCUAGAAUUUUCCAGUGUAUUCAACACAGAGGAGCUUCUUUCAAUUUAUAAGCAAAUCCUGUUGAUAUUUUGUAGGAUUAAGCAACAAUUUCUUCCUCGCGAUCGCCGUGAAAUUUUUGUUCAUCUAAGAGGCGCCUAAGGCAUUCAAAAGUUGAAAGUAGUGACCUCAGUAAUAGGUCGAACUAUUGUGUAAGUUGCUCCCUAGGUUUUAUAGGCGCUACAUUUCGAUUUCAAGUUUUGGCACUUUGAAAACUUUCUGUAAUUGAAAGAAACCAUCUGAAUAGCAGUUUGCUAAGGGAGACAACACUUUUAAGAAAAAAAUAAAAGGGCUUGCGAGGGCGGAAAGAUCCAUGGAUUACAAAUCUUUAACUUGGAAGAAUUAGGCUUGUCAACCGGAGAAUUAAUCCAUGCAAGCGACUUUCAUGAAAAGAAUUUGCAGAGGAGAAGUCUGCAAUCCAGGCUUUGAGGAAAUCCGAACCGAAGCCUCCCAGACAUAAGCUAUGCACCACUAACAACUUCUUUUUUCCAAUUUUUCUGAUUGUGGUUUACCCGCGAGGACCAUUUCAUAUGCAGGUCAAAACACGAGUUACUUCAUUUUACUGUGGUCAGAUUCCUUUCUGAAAAAGGACCUUAUGGUCACCGGUUUAUGGUGAAGGAUGGGAGUAUUUCAGUGUAUCUGUUUUCCUCUACAGGCUUGGUGAAAAUUAUGAGCUAAAAGAAGGGAUGUGUUUACCACGUUGUGUCAUGUACACGCACUAUCUGGAUUUUUGUCGUAAGGGCAAACUGUGCCCCGCAGGACCAGCCACGUUUGGGAAGGUAAAACUGAGAUUCCUUGUGAACGAAAUUUAAUGAGGAAUUUGAAACGAGUCUUAAAGUGCAACGAGAUUUUGUGAUUUCAUGAAUUUUUUACCUCAGCUUAUUGACAAUUUUAUACAGUAACAUGGGGAAAAACUUUGUUUAGAAGCGUUCUCUAUUUAUUUUCAUAAUACUUACUGCAUUAUUGAUCUUCGCAAUGGGCAGGUUCUUACUCACCCAGCAUCGUAAAUAUUCUAGCUCUACAAUGGAUCCUCUGAACUGAGUUAAAUGGUAGAGCGUCAGAAUGCAAGAUCCUAGGAACUAAGGAUCAAAUUUGACUCGUGGAUGACUUAACUGUCUUUCUUAAUACUUUUACAUCCUUCUGAAUUUGAGACCCUAGCGCACCGCAAACUUACUACCAUUUUAGGCUGAUCGCACGUUUUUGUUCGUUGUACUAAAUCAACGUUUUUAAAUCUCUUUAUAGAUAAUCCGUCAAAGAUUUCCAAAGCUGACGACAAGAAGACUUGGAACACGUGGACAAUCGAAGUAAGUUUGAUCAAUUAGUUAAAAUUCACGUGAGUUGUACAGAUUAUUUUGGCAAGGCUGAUAGGCAAGAUCUACCUUUGUUGUUCCCUAUAUCCUGAAAGUUGAAAAUGUCGAGCAUCGUCCCUCUCUACGAGAAAGAUACUAGGCAAAGUUUUAAUGAAUUACACCAAAUACUUUGAAAAUGUUUAAAUUUUGUCAAAAAUUGUUCGAAAUAGGGUAGGAUAUAUUAAUUAGGAAAAAGAUUAAACGAACGAUCAAAUCAAAAGGAGCUAGGGAUGGCUUAUAAUGGAGUGGACUGAUAUGGAUUGGAAGUUGCAAACUCGACAAAUUAAUUCAUGUAAAAGCCGUUAGCUUGCUCCUACAAGUGGCUAUAGUAAGCAGAAAAUUGCUUAGAAAUACUGUCUGCGCUUUAAUGCCUGAUUUUUAUCAGUACUCGACAUUUAUCUUUAAGAUAAUCUUAAUCUCAACAGAUAUCAUUAUUAUGGCAUCGUCGUAAGGGAAACUUCAGCUUACUUUCAUGCUGGUUAUUCUAAAAAGGGAUUAUCAAGGUGAGUUACGGUAAUACCCUGCACCUAUUAGGUUAAAGGAGGAGAAAUUCAUUAACCAACACUGAAAAUUGACAUUCUUCUUUUUGCAGAUUUUCAGGGAUGAAAGGAAAGGGAGAUGUGGUAAGUUACCGCUGAGUUAAGUUUAGCCAUAAGACACUGAUCACUUUACUGUCAUUUACGUUUUCUUUGGCAAUCGUGUCUAUCUAUUUAACAGAAAGCCAAAGUGCAAUUAUGUUCUCAGUCAGGAGAUUGAACUUAUGUGAGGUAAUAAUAACGUCGCAUAGUGUCAUUCUGAUGACCAAAUGAGUCCAAGAUUGAAGGAAUUAAGAUUACAUUUUUUAGUUAAUAGUUAAUGGGUGAUGUUUAGCAGUGAAGGUGAUAGUGCAAAAAAAAUUCCAUUGAGUAAACCUAAGAAUACCCUUGAUACUUUUUCCACUAUACCUUUAACGUAAAACUCUCUCUUCUAUGUAGAACGCAAACCACAAGAAGUUUUCCCUAAGUGCAAAGUCUGGAACUCUUUUACCUGAAUUCCCCAACGCGAAAACUGUCCAGUUACCAGAUGGAGUCUCCAUUCACAAGGUUAGAUGCCAGUCACACAAACUAUACUAAAUUUUUUACUUCCACUCUCUUAAACAAAUAUUCGGAGUUACUUGUAGAGUAUAAUCCUUUAAAGCGAUAUUCUAACUUUACACUCAACUCACCAGGUGGAGACAUUCAUCAUGAUGUACCGAACGCAUUGUCAGAGAAUGCUCGACACUGUUGUUAGCGCCAACUUUGAGGGGGUAAGUUAUCAAACAUAGCACAACUUACUGAAAACAGCAGCACAAAGUUUAUCAAUAAAUAUUGCACCUGAUAUGUUUAAAUGUUUUUUUUUUUCCCGAACCUUAUUAUCUUUCUUUUUGUUAUUGAAGUGAUAGUACCAACUUGGUCAGUGUUUCAAACGUAACACAAUCGUUUUCGACGGAGUCUUGUUCUACCUUAUACAUCUCUGAAAUUUUUUAGUGAUGUAUUUUCAAUUAUAAUUCCUUUGUCAUUCUACAGGUUCAGAAUUUCAUUACCCACUUCUGGCAAGGCAUGCCAGACCAUAUAAUUUCAGUGCUGGAGUGUCCUGUUGUGGUUGACAUUGUGGCCAUUUGCGACUCAAUUUUAUACAAGGUAAAGACGGUGGAAAGUUAAGCGUGUUUCUGUUGAUUCAAAGGAAAGUUAAGUAAUUAAACGAAGAACUUGGAGAGCAUUAUGGCUAUUGAAUAUUCGGUUGAAUGCUUUCACAUCUGAAUAAUUGAUUGACUUUUGAUGGGUUUUAGGUCUUGACAGAUGUACUUAUUCCUUCAACCAUUCAAGAUCUUCCGGACAGGUAUGUUACAAAACAUAAAUUAAUAAAUCCAAGAUAAUUGCAGCCAUCAUUGUUCUAUUUUCUUGAAAAUAAUCAAGCCAAUUUGAUUUCAGUCUCAGAGAAGAAAUAACUGACUUUGCCGACAACCUCCUUGACUGGCUUGAAAAAUGUUUAACAGAGGUGCCACUUGCUCUAAAAGAAGCAAAGUUAGAAGGUAAGCAUAAUUUGUUAUUUACCUAUCAGUUGACUAGGAAACAUACAAAUUUAAGUAAACUAAGAGGGCACAACUCUUGCAUGAUUUCGGAUAUUGAUAUAUCUGUACACAAUUUGAAUUCUUAGUUGCAAGGGUUUUUACUCAAGCAUUAAAGAGACAAGUUGGUUUCGUUCACCUUGCACAGGUAGGUAAAAAAUGAUCUGUUAGAUGAAAUCUUGUCCGUAGACAGGAACGUAAAAAGUAUGCAUUUUAUAUGAUAUAUCGACCCAAGAUAUUGCCAACCUAUUCCCUGUGCUUUAGAAAUCUUACAGGCCAAGUGACCUUAACAACUUGCAAUGAUUUUCCCUGAUUUCUGUAUCAUAAAACGACUAGGAACAUAUCUACCCUUUUGCGGUGAAUGUCAGUCCAUCAUAAUAAAAUUUACAGCCUUUUGACGGGUUUCCCUUUCCAGUUUUAUAGUUUUUUUGUCUAGAAACACAACACAGCGAUUCAGCAAGGGCUAUAACAUGAAACGCUAUGCUGUGCCCAUAGAGAAAACUAAUUGGUUACCAGGUCUCCACCCUCACCGAUUAAGCUGAGAAGUAAAGCAUCCCAUAACCAUACGUUCGAAUCUUAAAUUUCGCGUACGAUUUUUUUUUUUUUUUUACAAUUGUAAAUGGGCCGGGUACAUUACUUCCUUUGACUGUGAAUAUAUGAAAAUCACAUAUUUGAACUGCGGAUAAAGAAGUAAAUAUGAAAACGAUCUUCGCAGUAAUGAACACUACUUGAGCAGUAGUGAAAAUAAGGCCUUACUUCUGCACCGGUAUCGCAGAGGUCAUGGGUUCAAAUGCCAUACAGGCCUGAAUUUUUUUCAGGCCUUAUUUUCACUGCUGCUCAAGUGGUGUUUAUUACCGCGAAGAUCGCUUUCAUAUUCAUUACUUCCUUUGUAAUUUUGCAAUUUUUAUCCUUCUGAUUUAGUCAAUUUUUAAUUCCCUUGAGCGUAAUUCUGUUAAAUGAAAUUCUUUUUCAAUUACUUCUUGCAGGCGGCACGUUCAGCGUUGUUGAGUUAUGAGGAUGUCUCUCAGAUGUUGGGUGACCUAAGGAAAAUCGAAUUUGAUCAAAUUCUUUCCAAAAGCUUCUUCAUUAUUGAAAACAUGGAAGUAUUUCACAAGACUAAGACAUGUAAGUUUAUUUUCUUUGUUUUCUUAUUCUAAUCUCCUCGUUUCAGUGACCGCAGCCGUUGAAAACAGCAAUUUUUGUCUAUGGCCCAUGGGAUCAGUUGUGUAGAGAGAUUGUAAGGACGAGAGUCCUUAAGACUGCUGUUACCGAUAUUUGCUUGUGAGAGAUAAAGUUAUGUGAAACAUUGUUUAUCAGGGGAAGUUUCUGUUCUACUGCCUUCAAAAAUGAUACCUCACCUAAACAAUCAAUUAUAAUGGCAAACCUCAACAUCACAGAUUCAGAUCGAACUAAGAGUUUAAAAAUGUAGCUGUCUUCGCUUCAAUUAAAACUGACGUAGUCUUUUUUGGCUCUUGAUGGCGUUAUAAGCUACAGGCUGACUCUGAGAAAAUUGUAUUAGCCUAUUUAAUCUUUCACAUCACUGCAAAAUUGCCCAGCAUCUAAAAAAUUGCAUCUAAUCUUGAUUUUCUCCUUUUGUAAUUGCCAGAUGUCAGUGAGCUAGAAAAUCUCCUCAGUAAGCAAGCACCACUGGAAGCUUAUAUAGAAUGGCUGGACAGUGUGGUGGAUCGAUGUGUCCUCAAGGUAUUCGUUUAAAAUUUACAUAAUUUAAUAAUUUAAAACAAAGAGACGUAGAAAUAACUUGAAUUAGGUGACUUUGUCAGCUGUUUGGAGAGAGCAGAGAAAAAAAUGAAUAUAUGCCUUUUUCCAAAGCCAUUUUCAGACUCAAGCUACCUGGUCUCCAAGGAGUGAUAUUAAAUAAAAAUCGUAUGUUCCUUGGAUAUUCCUCCUGAGAACACGCGAAUCGAAGCAGCAUAGAUUUUCCUCUCGAGCCAUAUUUAACUAGAAAUUGUUAAUCCUAGAUCCGGUUUUCAUAAAUAAAUAUCGAUCUACAUAUAGUUUAAGAGUAAUACUCUUUGAAAUGAGGUCUAUACGAAGGCCCACUUUCUCACUUUUACUUCCUCUUAACUUUUGAAAAUACGAACUCCCUGGCAAUACUAGGCUUAGCCUGGCUUCAUGGAGCAAGACUAAGGCUGGAAUAAGAAAUGCUAGGUUUAGCCCUCACAGAUUAAGAUUAAGGCUAUGAUAGAAAACACUAAGAAUGCUACCAGUCCUGACUUUGCAGUUUAGGUGUAAAUUCACGUUUCCUUAUUACUUUUGUUUCUUUCUGAAGUUAAAAACCAUUGUUUUUCUGUUGCAAUAGCUAACUGUUUUCGUCUUACGGUCAUCUGCAGGAAUCAGAAAAGACUUCUAUCGAAGACAGAGCAAGGAAGUUCCUAGCCAUGUGGUCUUUUAUUACCGCACGAUUGUUAGCUGAUUUGACGCUGAGAAGUGCUCCGAGUUUUGGUAAGAUACUCGUAUCGUCAGGUUGUUUCAUUUUCAGCAGCAAAAUUCCAAUGUGUUUGUUUUGGACGCUCAUUGCAACAAGGGCUUAGGAAAAUUUUUAGUGUGCUUGUGGCUUUCGCCUGAGCUCAUUGAGGAUAUCUGGACAAUCUUAAAAAAAAGAAGCUUUUCAAUUUUUAUCGACCCUAAAAGCCGAUAAUAAAUCGAUAACGUAACUACACUUAAAAUGUGACUUCUGUGACAAACAUCGCUUACACGAAACUAAUAAUCAUUUUAAUCAUUUUGAGACGAUCAAUGAAUCUCGUCCAAGUUCUUUGUCACAUUUUUCUUUUUUGUUGUUAACUGAUGGUAUAAGUUCAUUUAGUUGGAAUCACCACUGUAUCCUGAUCGAUUCUUUUAUUUAGUUUUAUUCAGCUUGAUGAAAGAAAUGGCAAGUAUCACAGAGCUGCAAAUCUCGGAUUUGAAAUUUUGAGUUUAGUUGCUCUAAACAUGUUGCUCUUUUUUCCCUCUUGAUUAGGUGUGUUUCACUUGAUCCACACUGCUUUUGAUGAAUAUGUCUUCCUUGUGGUCGAAAACCAGAUGAUUGUGGAAAUGGAUAAGAAGUUGACACGUUCUCUUGAAACACAUCUUAAGAAAGGUGAGUUCACUUUUGAGACGUCUCUCCAUAUAUUUCUUCGUCAUGGACACAAAGAAUCUCUCAAACGCUGUGUUGUUUAAAUCAUAAUAAAAGAUAAACGUUUUCCCAAGCGUCGAUACUCAACGAUAUUUACAUUUCUAGUGAUAUACAUGUUUACUUUUUUAUUUUCAGAAAAUUCAACAUUGUUGCCAUCUAUCGAGUCAGAGCUUGACAAACCCAAAGAAAACAUGCAGCCAGAGCAGCUACAUGACAUACCAAAAGAAGCACCUCGACCGAAACGGCAAAAGAACCCAACGUCGAGUUUCCUUCCAGCUGUUAAACUGAAUGUUGCCAAACAUCACUCCUCCCAGCAACAAAACAAAGAAAAAACGCGUCCUGAAUUUUUUGCAGAAGGCAGUCACUUUAUCCCAGCGAGCACGCCAAACGUGACCUUUCCCAGCGAAGAGAUCUUUCAGACGGCGCCAAUGAACAAUCAACCACGUCAAAUGCCGAAUCCAACGCCGAUGAAUGUUUCUAUUCCAACGCCAUUUUCACCAUUACAGGAAUGUCGCUCCAGUUUUCAGCCGUUGCCUCUACCGGAGCACGAGCAACCUCGCCAAGCAACCCCAGAGGCUGCGUUCCAGGGCGAUUUUAUAAAUGCAAUCGACAAGGCAUUUUUCUCCUCAAGGGUUACUCUUAACCCCGAUGACUACAUGGGAUCGGCAUGGGUGCAAAAUGACGCUCAAAAUCUCACUGUGUUAAACCCUGUCAGUCUUCAGGAACAUAACCUUAUCAACAACGGAGCCAUUAACUUUGCAGGGAAUGGAAAUUUCCCUAUCACUUACGAAAACAGCUUACCUCCUCUGAACGUGUAUUCGAAUUCACAAACAAUGGCUCCAAGUCCGCGACCACAAGAAAUUCCUUAUAUAUCCCCAACCAAAGACGACUUCGGCUAUGUGCCAAGCAUUACAAACAUGUAUCCGAGAUACAACACGCCAAAUUAUCUCUACGAACCUGUGAGGAAUGCAAUGCAACCCAACGGAAGUGAUGUCAUGAAUUUCAACGGAUUGCUCAAUGCUGCAGCUAGUUCAUUUGGAAUGGAUGGAUUGACAGUCCAUGAUGUUCAGCUUAAUCGACUAGGAAUUGGAGCAGUUUAAUUUGAACGAUUAAUUUUAAGUUAUUUCAUGCCCUAUGAGUAAUGCACAUAAGGCAAAAAAAACUCCAAUAAACUUGAAUUUCUUCAUAACUAGCCGUUAGACUUACAUAGAUAGAAUAUUGCCUCAGAGAGAUAUCAUAUCGUUAAAAAGAGAAGAUUGAAAAUUAUUUAUUAAUGGCCUCAGGACCAUUGUUGAAUAAAUGGGCUUUAAUCAAAAAGAUUUAUGACAAUUUAAGUAUUUGUGCUUCCAUAUUUGGACUUUCAGAUUUUCAUCAGUGCUGUAAUGGGUAAGUUUAAUGUUACAUUUUAUGCAAUAUAGAUGGAAGCUGGAAAUGUGAGGCUAGCCAAUGACUUGAAAAUAAGAGUCCAGAGUGCAUUUGUCAGCAGUUUGGAUACAACUUUACCGUGGACUAUUUUUCUAAAUGAGGUAUACAUAUCUCAGUUUUGUCUCAUAAAUUUUCUUAUCGAAAAUCUCUCGCUACGAUUGUAAAUAGAUAGAACGAUAUUAUUUCGCAUUCAGCUAUUGCCAAAGGUCGUCUAUGAGAAUGGUGAAGAAUUCUGUAUAAUUUUGCAACUAACUUUGAACGUGGUAAAUGUUAAAGCUAAUUUUCGAUAUAUAUUUAGACAAAGAAACUAAGUUGGAUUUAAGUAACUGUGAAACAAUGAAAGGCAAGGCCAAAAUUUCAUAUUAGUGUUGGGAUUUAAAUCAUUUAAAUAUAUCAAGAAUGUUGAUUCCGAAAAUGUACACGG